UACUUUGCCGUGCUUCCUACGGAGAUGGAAACCAAAGGUCGAAACAGCCUUAAGUCCCUUUCACGUUUCUCCUCUCCGAGUCUCCUUCAAGUACAAAAGCCUACAAUAAAUAAACACACACCGGUGAUGGCAGACUGCGUAAUUUUAACCAUUUCAUUGCCCAUUUCCUUAAUCCCUUCCGCUCUUAAACUCUACUCUUUCACUGAUGGACCAAAAACUCCGAUUUUUCCGGCAGAUUUUGUUUCUUUACCGUUAAGCUUGAACCCUAACUAUUUAAGGCCUCCUGAUUUCGCUGUUUCUUUGAGUUACUUUCUUGCAUGCAUCGCUUGGGCCUACACAUCCUAUUAGUGAGUUUUUUAGUAGAUACUUCAUCUUAGAAAGCCUGUGCGGCUUCUUUUGUUGAAAAGGUACUAAUUAGUAGUUGGAGAAUAUGGAAGUUCCAAGUGCAAAUCAUGAAAUGAGGCAUCGUUCAUUGACCCUGCUAAGGGUGUUUAGGGGUCUAAUAUGUUUGCUAGUGCUGCUUUCAACGGCUUUUAUGAUGAUAGUGUAUUGUGGCUUUCUUACCACUGUUAUAUUGAGGCUUUUCAGCAUACAUUACAGUCGGAAAGCAACUUCUUUCUUCUUUAGUGCUUGGCUAGCUUUAUGGCCCUUUUUGUUUGAGAAAAUAAAUAAAACAAAAGUCAUUUUUUCUGGAGAUGAUGUUCCUCCAAGGGAACGCGUUUUGCUUAUUUGCAACCACAGAACUGAGGUUGACUGGAUGUACUUGUGGGACUUUGCACUGCGGAAAGGUUGCCUGGGAUGCAUAAAGUAUAUCCUUAAGAGCAGCUUGAUGAAAUUACCUGUAUUUGGUUGGGCUUUCCAUAUUUUAGAGUUCAUCCCUGUGGAAAGGAAGUGGGAGGUUGAUGAAUCUAACAUGCGCCGCAUGCUUUCAACAUUCAAAGAUCCUCAAGAUCCUCUCUGGCUUGUUCUCUUUCCCGAAGGAACAGAUUUCACUGAGCAAAAAUGCUUAAGAAGUCAAAAAUAUGCAGCUGAAAAUGGCUUACCUAUCCUGAAGCAUUUGCUGCUUCCAAAAUCAAAGGGCUUUUAUGCCUGCUUGGAAGAUUUGAGGAGCUCUUUGGAUGCAGUUUAUGAUGUGACCAUUGGAUAUAAGCAUUGCUGCCCAUCCUUCUUGGACAAUGUCUUCGGGGUGGACCCUUCUGAAGUUCAUAUUCACAUCAGACGCAUUACCCUGGAUGACAUUCCAAUAUCUGAAACGGAGGUAACUGCUUGGUUAAUGGAUACAUUUCAACAUAAAGAUCAAUUGCUUUCUAAUUUCAAGUCUGAAGGUUAUUUCCCUCGGCAAGGACCGGAAGUAAACCUCUCUGCAGCAAAGUGCGUUGUAAAUGUUAUGCUGGUGCUUUUCUUGACUAGUGCAUGCACGUUUUUCACCAUUGUCUCAUCCAUUUGGUUUAAGAUAUUUGUUUCUUUAUCUUGUGCCUAUAUGACUUCUGCGACUUAUUUCAACACCCGUCCAGUACCGGUCUUCAGCCUUGUGAAAACUUGUGUUUAAUCCUAUUUCCUUCCGAGUAUUUAAAGGCAAUCAUAAUGACUAUUCAUUCAUUAGCAGCAUAAAGUGCUUGCCGGCAAACUUUAUUUGGCAUGACUUCCAGCAUCACCUGAAUGAUGGAGCUAUGUUUGUGUUGAGAGCUUACAUAGCCUGUACCUCUCUGGUUAUGCUACCUGUUAUGGAGAAUCUGUCCGGUAGUCGAAUUCUCUAGUAUGAACAUAUAUUCAGAUGUCAAUGUUGUUGUAAGGGUUAUACAUUAUGCACAAUAAUGUAGAACUUUAGGUUCAAAUGUUCAAUAA